GUUGUUUUUAAUCGCUCAUUCUCGGAAGCACGAGGAAAAUGGCCCGCUCUGGUGCAGUGGUAGGCGUGCUGCUUGCUGCAGCAGCCUUUGGAAGCUGCUUCCUUGCUGGUGUGCCCACACAGCCACCCCGCGCACCAACGACCCCAAACCAUGUGGAUUCUCUGGGAGCAGCACCAACGCAGAGCGAGAGCCAGAGCUACUCUUGGGCUGCACCUCUCUUGAGCUUUGGUGCUGCUUUGGGUGUGAUCUUCGGCCUUGUGGCCGCCCAGCCUGCCAAGGCAAUCACUGCCGAGCAGUUCAGCCAGCUCACCUAUGCUCAGGUGAGGGGAUCUGGCUUGGCCAACCGUUGCCCUACCGUGGAAUCCAAUGGUACUGAGGUUCCUGUGAAGCCUGGUUCCAAGAUGAUCAACGUGUGCUUCGAGCCAAAGUCCUUCGCAGUGGAGAUUGACACUGACAAUGGCAAGGAGUUUGCCACCACCAAGUUGACCACUCGUCAGACCUACACCCUGGCCUUCAUUGAGGGCAACUUGGAUCCUAACCCAAUCACCUUCAAGGAACAGGAUGGCAUGGACUUCGCAGCCACUACUGUGAAGUUGCCAGAUGGUGAGUACGUCCCUUUCCUUUUCACCGUGAAGGAAUUGGUCGCCAAGGGUGAGGGCAGCUCUUUCAAGCCAGGCUUCACUUGGGGUGGUGAGUUCAGCGUGCCUUCCUACCGUACAGGAGGUUUCCUUGACCCCAAAGCCCGCGGCAUGAACUUGGGUUACGAUCAGGCUGUUGCACUGCCUGCAAUGCAGGCUGACGGCAAGAGCGGUCAGGAGGACAUCUUCAAGGAGACCAACAAGGUGUUCGACGUCGGAAGAGGUGCCAUCGAGAUGGAAGUGAACAAGGUGAACCAAGAGUUGGGCGAGAUUGGCGGUGUCUUUGUCUCCAAGCAACCUUCUGACACCGACAUGGGUGCCAAAGAGCCAAAGACAGUGCUGCUGAAGGGAAUCUUCUACGGUAAGGUGGUGAAUGCGUGA